AUGGAGGACCCCCACAGCACAAAGCCCUGGGGGCCCCCGCCCCAUUCAGGGCUGGCGCAGAGGGUGCCUCCCUCCCCCCAGCAGCAGCGCCCGUACGUAGCAGCAGCAGCAGCAGCAGCGCAACUGCAGCAGCAGCAGCAGCAGCAAGUGCUGCUGCCGCAGACUGCAGCCGCCCACCCCUACGCACCCCACCUGCAGCCUCGGCCUCAGCCGCAGCUAACUGAGGCCUUCGACCCUCACAGCUGCUGCCUCGAGCUGACCCGCCUGCCUGCAAGCAGAGCAGCAGCUCCAGAGCCCCUGCUGCAGCAGCCGUUUCAGCAGCAGCAGCAGCAGCAGCAGCAGCAGCAGCAGCAGCUCAGCAGCUCAGUUCUCUAUCAGCCGUGGGGGCACUUGCAAGCAGGAUAUCCCACUCAGGCCCUUGCUGACUGCGCGCUGCCAGCCCCAGCUCCUCCUCCAAGCCCCACGAUCGGGUGGGGCCCCUGUGGGCCCCCCUGUGGGCCCCCCGCUGGGGCCCCCUGCGCCGGCGCUCCCUGUGGGGCUCCCCCUGGUGCGGCCCUGGGGGCCCCCCAGGUGGCGGCGGCUGGGCCCCCGCUAGGGGCCCCUCACGGGGCCCCCCACGCCCCGCCCGCUGGAAUUGCCCUCGGCCCCCCCGCAGGGCCCCCCCUAGGGGUAGCGCACGGGGCCCCUCAGGGGCCCCCCCCUGGGGUCCUGCACGGGCCCCCGCUGGGGGCGCCCCUGGGUCCCCCGCUGGGGGCCCCGCUGGAGGCCCCGCUGGGGGCCCCCCUGGGGGCCCCGCUGGGGGGCCCCCCGCGGGUGAGCUGCGUGCGCGAAGAGGGCGAGGAGGAGGAGAAGGAAGAGGCGGACUCGGAAGUGGAGGAAGAGGAGGGCCGGUGCAUCCCGGGGGUGGUGUGGACUUGGCUUCGGGCGUUCUUUCCCAACACUCCGCCCUUCGUUUGGUUUUUUCUGCAGUUCUUUGUUUGCUUUUUGCUGCUGCUGAUGGGCCUCGAGAGCAUUUCCGCAGCAAAGGCGGACUUCUUCUUGGCGCGCGCGCCCGCGAACUGGGCGCCCACCUCCAAAGACGCCAAGCCCCCGCUCGAAGUCAUAGGGGAUGUCACGAGCCACUCGCUGCUGCUAAACGGCUCCACUGCUUUUUUCCAUGUGGUGUUGUUGAACAUUUGCUUCUUCCUUUGCUUCAUGCUGGCCAGGGUGGUGGUCAUCCUCGGGCUGCUGCAGGCGGUGCGCCACGGCAUGCCUGCAGCCACUGCUUUUGCUGCCACGAUAGACCCCGAGAUCUUUUAUGUCCCCUGGAGCAUUUUCGUCUACGUUUGGUGGCUCGGAAAUGCGAAAGAAAGCCACUAUCUGAUUCUGUCGAAGACGAGCGAGGAGCCUCCGGAGCCGCUGAUGCACUUCCUGCUGUUCGGGCCUUCGCUGCUGUUCUCGCGCUCGCUGCUGCGGAUGAUUCAAGUCACCAACAUUGUGCUGAUGGUGUUGGCGCUGCGGCGGCUGCUGCUGGCCAUUAUGGUCUUUUGCUUCGAACUCGGAUUCCUCAUGAGCAUGAACGCCCAAGUCGUCAACUACCUCCAGCGCUCCUCCGCAGUCCGCAAACUCAACGCCAAGUGGCUCGCUGCGGCGUACGACCACCAGCAGCAGCAGCAGCAGCAGCAGCAGCAGCAGCAGCAGCGGUGCCGCGAACAAGACAAAGAAGCAAAUAAAGAAGCAAUUGAGCCCUCCACAGAAGAUCAAACUCUUGCUGAGGAUACGCUGGAGUGGGAAGGCUGCACUUUAAACCAGCAGCAGCAGCAGCAACAGCAGCAGCAGCAGCAGCAGCUACGUGCUUCUCAGGGCGGCGGUGCUGCAACGCCGCACAUUUACAAACACCGCGCCAGCCUUCUACAAUCUUCAGAUCACCAGAAGGUUACUAAAUCCCAGCAGCAGCAGCAGCAGCAACAGCAGCAGCAGCAGCAGCAGCAGAAACCUGCUACUUCCCGCUGGUGGCUCCGAUUGAAGCAAAGCUUGCUGCUGCCGGCAAAGGCGCUAUGCAGCGCUUUGAAGCUGUUUGCUGCAGUGCCGCAGCAGCGGCGGCUGCUGCAGCGGGGCGGCAUCAGCAGCAGCAGCAGCAGCGACCGCGGGGGCCAGUCUGCGGGCUGGAUGGACUCCGCGAACGAGGGCCUCUUUUUGCUGCCGCUGAAGCUAAAUGGACUCGCCAGCACAGCAGAAAGGCUGCAGGAAAGAAUGCUGCAGGGCACUGUGCUGCCAGAGCCGCUGCGGCCGCGGAGCAUCGAGCGCAGCAAAACUUCUCAAAUAAGGAACUGGCUGAACAUUCACUACUGCCUGGACUUUCCUCCAGUUAUAUUUUUAAAGGGAAGAAGACUGGAGCUGACAAACAAGGAAGUUGCGAGACAAGCUGCUGCAGUGCUUUUUGCGGAGAUGCUGCGGGAGGCCCGCAGCGCCAAGAGCAGCAGCAGCAGCAGCAGCAGCAGCAGCAAAGCCGCCAGGGGAGAAAACGGGGGGCAGCAGCAGCAGGGCGGGGGCCCACAAGAGGGCAGGCGCCUCAGCGCGGUCGAGCGCAGCAACUGGAGCAGCAGCCGACAGCAGCAACAGCAGCAGCAACAGCAAACCAGCAGCAGCAGCAGCUCAGACGACAUCGACAACAAAACUGUCUCCUCCCAUCCAGGCGCAGACACCCCAGGGAUAUUUGACUUUCAGCCCCCUGCAGCAGCACAGGGCCCCACAGCGACGAACUGCCCAGCACCCUGCCUGCAGCAGCAGCAGCAGCAGCAGCAGCAGCAGCAAGCGAACAGACAAGGCUCCGCCUCCCGCGCAGACACUGAGGGACUUAUGAGAUGGCAGCAGCGGCUGGGAGAGGCAACUGAUGCGCAGGAGGGCCCCACGCUGCCGCUUUUUGUUCUCAAGAACGAUUCAGCUGCUGAGGGGCAGCAGCAGCAGCAGCAGCAACCGCUGCUGCUGCUGCAGUCUCCGAUAGAGGCCAGUGGGGCCCUUCUCCCUGCUUCUCAAGCCGGCGACCUCUUAACCCCCACUGAAGCAGCAGCAGCAGCAGCAGCAGCAGAGACCCCGAGGCCACCCGAAGAGUCCCCUGCCCCUAUUCUCCAAGACGAUGCGCAGCAGCAGCAGCAGCAGCAACAGCAGCAACAGCAGCAGGGUUUUGAAGACUCUUCUUUAAGACAGGGGACUCCCCCGUUUUCUUUGGACUUUGCAGCAAAUGAAAGCCCCGCCCAACGGGAGGGCAGCACCGAGACCCUCGACGACAGCGCAGCUACCCAGCAGCAGCAGCAGCAGCAGCAGCAGCAGCAGCAGCAGCAACAGCAGCAGCAGCAGCAGCAGCAAAGGCAAUCUGCGACGUUGCUGCUGCGCCGUCUCUCUGCGAGGAGGCGGGCCAAGAGGCCGCGGAGGCAGCUGCUGGCAGCAGCAGCAGGAGGGCGAUGUCUGCAGCAGCGGCUGCAGCAAACUCGAGAGAAGAGAAGCAGCAAAUUGCUGCUGCCCUCCGAACAGCAUUUAGAUGAGAGCAGCUGCGGCAAAGAAGACAAGCAAGAAAAGGAAAAAGAAGAAGUUCAGGCGAAAACAAAUGCCGGCAAGCAGCACGGAACUGCUGCUGCUGCGUUUGCUGCAGCCCUCCCCGCCACGCUGCGCCAACUGCAGCAGCAGCAGCAGCAGCAGCAGCAGCAGCAACUCGCGUUGCAGCAUCCCCCAUUUCCCAUAAUUGGCAGCAGCUCGCUGGAAACUGCUUCAAGGUCCGGGUGUACAGACACCCCAGAAAUGAGUUUGUGGGCAGCAGUAAGGCCGCCGUGUGUCAGCCAAAAUAAUAAAGAGAAGCAAAUUCAAAUGACUGCAGCAGCAGCAGCAGCAGCAGACAGGGAGAAGGACGCCGCCUGCAGCACCGUAGGGCAACUGGGAUCCACAGCAGCAGCAGCAGCAGCAGCAGCAGCAGACGAGCAGCAGUUUCUUAGCAGGGAAAUCUUAGAACUGUAUCUUAAGCCCGAAGAAGCUGAAGAGUUCAUGAAGCAUGCAGACCUAGCCGGUGCUGCUGGUGCUGCUGCUGCUACUGCUGCAGCUGCUGCCUUUGCUGCUAGCCAGGCAAGCAUUGCUUCGACAGUGCUGCGGAUGAUGUCGGUGCUGCUCUGGUUUGUGGCAGUGAUCGUUUUGCUGCUGGUCUUGGGCGUGGAAAUGAACACCGUGGUCAUGUCCGGCGCGGCCUUUCUCUCCGCAAUCACUGUUUCCCUAAUGAUCUUUGUGGCCUUCACUAAUCCCUACAACAUCGGCGACCGCGUCCGCGUCGACGGCGGAGAGAUCCUGUACGUGCGCCGCAUCCGUACGUACACCACAGAGUUCGAAACCAUGCACGGCAAGCCGCUGAUAUACAGCAACGCGAAUUUGUUUUCGCGCGUCAUUACAAAUGAGUCGCGGGCGAAAACUUCGACUUUCGAGUUGGUGGUUUCCGUGAGUAUAUACACCCCGCCGGCGCUGCUGAAGGGACUUGAAAAGGAAAUGAAAGCUUAUGUGGAGGCUCGAGCCAUGGACUUCGUCAAAGACAGCUUCCGGCUGCUCGUUUACGAGGUUUCCGCUGGCCACUGCAUCAAGCUGGGCAUGUGGCUGACUUGUGUGGAGGGCUGGGGCAACUGGACGAAAGUGCUGAAGGUGCGGUCUGAGGUGUACGUACACCUCGUGAAGGUGCUCUCGGAGCUGCGCAUUUCCUUCCACCUGCCACAACAACCCGUUUCUCUCGUCAAAGAGACUUUUCUCCUUCCCCCUCAAGCUUCAAAGCAAGCCAGCGCGUCUUGA